AUGGCAUCCUCAUCUUCGAAAGAUGCUGCGUCAUGGCGAAAAAGGAACCAGAACCAGAACCAAAACCAAAAGGACCAGAUCCAUUUCGUUAAUGCGCGCCCGUCGUCUGAGACGGAGAAGUUGAAGAUUCAGCGCAUGGUGCGCGCUCAUGUUGGGAAGUGGAUUUCGGAUCAGACGAGGGAUCGGUCUGCUGAGGGGUCGUCUGCGCCCGGGUUGGAGAAUGGGAUGGAGAGUAUAAUACAGGAAACUGGGCGUGAUGAAGGCAUGAAUUAUGGGACACCAGGGACUUCCAGAGUGGUGUUUGUGGAUGAAUAUGAGGGCUUGUCGCGGUCGUCUUCGUCGCCUGAUGUUGUUGAGUUGUCGUCGCAUUCGUCGUCUGACUCUAAUGCACCGGUUGCUGUCCCUGAUAGCAGUUUUGAACAGCGCCUAGUCGAUCGCCCUGUUGUGAAACCUCAGUCCCGUACUCCGCACCGUACCCCUACACCACAACAAAUGAGUACCAGUAUUCACGAAAACCCUCAUACCUAUAAUCAUAUCCAGGAUGUCAUCAGAUCACGUCUUCCAACACCGUCUAUUGACCGCAUCGGUGUUAGUGCCUGGGAUCCGUUUCAUACCUAUCCUUCUCGUUAUUCGCCGGAAUUUAUCCGUCUACAUGGAGGCUACAGCUUGUCGGUCGUUUGGCCGUUUUUGACUCCGGAAUCCACUAAUGGCUCAGGGGUCAUUGGCAAUUCGACAUGGUUCCCGCUUUCAUUGACCGAUGCCACAUUAUUCACGGCAUUUUUAUUCGGCUCGUUAUCUCACCAGUGCGUUCGGUGGCGCAAUCGUUCGAUUCCAGCAGGCGCCUUUAAGCCUCAGGACCUGCGGACUCUACAAAUGGUCGAGAUCGAAACCAUCAAGUCGAUCAACGAAGCAGUUCAGGAUCCCGCCCGGGCUGCAAGCGAUGCCGUCCUUCUGAGUGUGUUAUGCAUGGCACACAAUACGUCGAAUACUAGUUCUCAGCAACGUGCCGAUAGUACGCCAUUCACGGCACCUUUGCAGCGUUUGCAAUGGCUUGAUGUUUACGGGAGUUUACCUCCGAAUCUCGUUCACAUAAAGGGUUUGAUUCAGAUGGUUAUGCUUCGGGGUGGCGUGGAAAAGCUCGAGCUUCCCGGACUUGCCUCGAUACUGUCCUUCUCCGACAUACUCACCGCAAGUGCGUACCUCUCACGACCAGUUUUCGCCUGGAUGCCCCUCGAAAAGCACCGUAGAGGUCACACAUUACAAACCCUACUCAACUUCACACCUCUCGACAUACACCACGGCUUCGGGCGAUUCCGCGAUUUCGGCUUUACCCCCGAAAUGGCAGAAAUCUUCCAAGCAGCCCGCGUCUACACAAACAUAGCCGAAGACUACUUCAAAGGAAGAAUUGUCAAACCCGAUCUCACCAUGCUCGUCGACCAACGCAACCUAGUCCACUUCACCAUCCUCUCCCUCCCCUCCGCCAGCGAACUCCAACAACGCCACACCUACCGCACGCACGAAAUCAUUUACGAAACCUGCCGCUUAGCAGCGCUAAUCUAUGGCGUCGGCGUCGUCUUCCCCCUCCCCUCAGGAAGCACACCACUCCCCGUCCUCGCCCGCCUCAUCCAAACUAUCUUACAAUGUCCCACAUCCUCAUGUAUCUGGGAUUACACCGACGCCAGCACAGCACUAACAUGGGUCCUUGCGCUGGGCGGCAUCGCCGCGGAAAAUCUCCCACAGCGAACAUGGUUCGUCUCCGCACUUGGCCACACAGCUCGCCAGAAUCGGAUAUGCUGCUGGAACGACUUCCGCAAUACAGUGGGGACAUUACUAUGGUGCGACGCUGCUUGCGAGCAACCGGGGCAAAGGCUGUGGUUGGAAGUGGCGAGAUCGUUUCAGUUGGGUUGUUGA